AUGGCUGAUUUGUGUUUUAUUUGUAACAAGUUAAUAUCAGAAGGUGUCUCUGUAAGUGUUGUGCGUGGCUUACAAACAUUAAAAACUGCAAGUAUUGAAAGAAAUGACGGUCAUAUAAAUGAUUUAAAUACUUUGACUUCUGUGAUGGUGCAUGUUGAGUGUCGAAAAGUGUAUAUAAGUAAACAUUCAAUUGCUGCAUCGAAGCGACGUGCAGAAGAGGAUGAAACUUCAACUGCAGCAAGUCCAUCUCGUAAGAAACGAGAAGAAGUAUUUGAUUUUAAAACAUCUUGCUUGUUUUGUAGUCAAGUAGCUGAUGAAGCCAUAGAAAAAAAGAAAAAAGAAAAAUAUAAACGCACCAUCAGUAAAGUAAGUACUCUUGAUUUUAAAGAUAACGUUUUGAAGAAAGCAGAAGAAAGAGUUGUAUCUGGAUUCAGCAAUAUUCAAGUUCAAUAUCUACAUGAUGAACUCGUACAAACUCAACAACAAUUAAAUACAAUAGAUUUUUUGUGGUUGUAUGAAAAAAGGAACAAUGUCUCACCGAUACCAGGAUGGAAUGGAUAUCUUGAACUCACAAAAAAUAAUAAGAAUUUUUCAACUUCUCGGAUUUUGUUCCUUCCAUUUAUUGAUCAUCCUCCAAGUAAAUUAACUACACUUUUUACCACAUUGCAGUCCGCUUUAAAUAUUGCCAAGACAGAUAAACAAAAAACGUGUGUGAUAACGUUCGAUCAACCCUUGUACUCCAAAGCACGUGAAAUGGUUGCUGCGGCAGAUACAAGCUCAAACUUAUCCAAAAUAGUUAUGAAAUUAGGAGGCUUUCAUAUGCUUAUGUCAUUUCUUGGAUGCAUAGGAUACGUAAUGGACGGAAGUGGACUCAAAGCAGUUUUAAGUACAAUAUAUGCUCCAAAUUCUGUUGAAAAAAUGUUAAGUGGUCACGCUUAUUUAAGAAGUAUCAGAGGUCAUACGCUGUUACGACGUGCAUUAUCAACAAUCAUUUUUCAAGACAUGAAGAUUGAAAGCUGUGUUUUAGAUGAGUUAGUUGAACAGAUAACUAGACACCAUGUUUCCUAUGAAUAUGUUGAAGGGUGUGUUAAUUAUUCAAGUAUAAUUGCUCAAUCUCGUAAUAAAUUAAUUGAAUUAAAAGCUGCAGGUCCCACAGCUCAGUUAUGGGUACAGUAUUUCGAAAUGGUUUUAAUAGCUUUGGACUUUGUUCGUGCUGAAAGGCUAGGACAUUUUAAAGAACAUCUUGAUGCAGUGCGAAAAAUGCUUCCAUAUUUUCACUCAAGUGGUCGUUUUCAAUAUGCGAAAUCAGCCCAUUUAUAUCUCCAAGAUAUGAUAAAAUUAGAAGAAACAAUGGAUGAACAGACUUUUGAGAAUUUUAAGAACGGAUUCUUUACGGUUAAACAAACAGAAAAAUUUAACUCUGGUACAUAG